UUCCCUGACCACUUCUUCCAACACUGGAACGGGUAUAAUGUCAUGCCCCCUCUGCACGAUCCUGUCCCCGUCGGGGCACUCUGCCCGCAGUUCUAUGGUUAUUACACACCCGAUGAUCCAACUGAUGGCACGAGUCGUCCCAACUAUUUAAGUCCGAUCUUACUCCUGGAGUACUGUGGCAGUGAGAUAGACCCAGAUGAGUUGUGCGUGGACGACAAGCAAGAGUGCGCGUCGUUUGUCUUCCGCUUUCAUCAUGCGGGAUGGUUGCACGAGUCAUUCGCAGCGCGGAACAUCCUGUGGCAACAAGGCAAGCCAACGGAGUGGCCAAUCCAGCGGCCGUACUCGACCAAGAGCUUCCGCCUGAUAGACUUUGGUAGAUCGAAGAAAUUGGAUAGUUCAUUGACGAGGGCAAAUGAGGAAGACACAGCCUUGCGCCUUCUCCACUUGUUGCAUCAUGCGAGUUGA